AUGAUAGACGGUCUCUACAAAUUUUAUGCAAGAUCCUCAUCAUCUGGUCAUGCUCUUGUACCUUAUAACUAUGCAGAUCCUCCACUACUCAUUGUUGUGACCUUUGCGGAUAUCACAAUUACUUCACCUCUCAUCCCACCACAAUUACCACCACACGAUCAAUUACAUUCUAUUAUGAAUGCAUUAAUGAAGACAUUUCCAUCUUCUUAUUUCGUAUUGGUGGCUCCUGGAGAUGAAUCCACAUCCACAUCUACUUUUCUGGCGAUACCACAAGAACUUCCUCCUAAAUUUUGUUGUAUAAAGUUAUUUCGAUUUCGACGUCAUAAAGUAUUUUGUUCAUCCGAUUGUAUAUUAGAUCCUUUAUGGAUUCAUGAAUUUCAAGAGAUGUCACAGAAUUUACACAGUUCCCAACAUGUUGUUUCUCACAUAUUAUUUCACAUGGGAUUUACUCUUAAAUUAGAUACACUUUGUCGUCUUAUCUCUGAGAGUCAUUGGAUUGGGGAUGAACAUCUUGUGGCGGAUUUACUACAGUGUCUCUCUUCACAUAGAGAGAAUCUUUAUACUUCCUCGAAUGCAGCCCUCUUUGAGCCAUCGAGUAAACUUCAAGUAGAGAGUAGGGUGCAUAUAGAAAAGAAUAGAGAAAUGUCAUCCAAUUCUAGUCUUCUUGAAGUUGGACUUCGUGUAAGAAGUAUUACUUUACAUAAUGAUGAUAAUAAUAAUAACAAUACUACGCAUGAGAAUAGUAGUAUAAACAAUCUAUUAUUAUCAUCAUGUGGAAAUUCUAAUGAACUUGAGUCCCCAUUAUGGGUUAUUAUCCUUCACGCUUGUGGUAGUGGUGAUGGAUCUCAAUCUAUGGAAGAGUUACGAUGGUUAUUAGAUCAUCUCUCUUUAAAUGAUUAUGUAUUUGCCUCUCUUGCGGGUGAAAUUGUAGUUCCUCCCUGUCAGGCUAAUGAAGCCUUAAAGUGGUGGAAACAAACCAACCACGCUGUUAAGAUGCGAGGACGUCGACGUUUACGUGGACUUCAACAAGCCAUACAAGAGAUGUGGGAACAGGCCGCAAUGGUGAUUGGAUAUUGGAGACAUGAGGAAUUACGUCAUUAUAUACAAGGAAAUUAUAAAGGUAAAGAAGGUCGUCCUAUUGUAUUAUUCUUUCCUCCUUUAGAUUUAUGUAGUGUGGAGGAUUUAUCUAUUAAUUCUAUUCAACAUCAAUUGGCGUUUUUUCGAGUUCCUGUGUUUUCUUUGGUAACAUCUGAAUUUACCAAAACUACACAUGUAUUGAUGGAUUUAUGUAAACUUACACAAGGUAAAAUAUUUUAUGCUAUUUGUGAUAAACCUAAAAAUGGUCGACAUGUCCCUUCACGCGUAUCUUUUGAUCGAUUGAUACAAAAUACACUUCAAACGAUUCGCCGUACUUCACAUAUGAAUACUGCUUUAUUUGUGAUGACCAAUCACAAUAAUAGUAAUAAUAAUAAUAAUAAUAAUAAUAAUAAUAAACAUAGUGAUAAUGAUGAGGAUGAGGAUAAUGAUGAGGAUGAUGAUCCUAUACAGCAAAUGACGACAUCAGAACCGUUUGGAAAGCCAUUUACAGUAUUAUUGUAUAAAUGUAAUUCAACAAGAGGGACAUCUGGUAUGUAUUUAGAAUUGGGUCCACUUUCAGUAAACACAGAAACACCUGUUUAUAUAGCUACUCCACUCUCUGAAGAUAAGAGAAGAGAUAUAGAAGAAGAAGAAGAAGAAGAAGAAGGAGAAAAUGUGAUGAAUGAGAAAACUAUUGGUAUGCAAAUGUUAAUCUUUACUUAUGCGAUUGAAAAGCGUCAAUAUGAAAUUAUACCUAUUCGAUCAUUUAAACUAUUUAAAAAACAUCCAUUACCGGAACGUAUAUGGUGGGAAAGUCUCCAAGUAGUUGCGAAUACGAUACUCCAUCCGGAACAUCGAAUGAUAUCUAUUAGUCAUUAUGGAGAAAAUAAUUUACGUAUGAAAAAUAAAUAUUCAUGGUUGAAGAAUGAUUAUGAUUAUAAUAAUAAUAAUUAUAAUAAUGAAAGGAGGGGAAGUAAUAUGAAAUUAUUGCGUAAACUACGAGAAGCACCUCAACGUGAAUUAUUACUUUCUAUUUGCGUAGUUGCUCAUUAUGGGGAAUUGGAAAUUGGUAGUUUAGAUGUUCCCAAUAGAUUCCCUAAUUCCUUAUUAUUAUUAGAAGAAGAAGAAGUAGAAGCAUCCUAUCCAUUGAAUUUUUUCCUUCAUAAGAAAGAAGCCGCAUGGUGGGAUCAAUGGGAGCGAUCACGUCCUAAUAGUUAUUUUAUUAAUUCUACUGUAGAUUUACGAUGGACAAACUUUCUUAUUCAUACUGCACCUGUUUCAAGUUUAGCAUCUCUGUUAACAUCUACACUUCCUAUCUCUAUGCGUUUUGAUAGACCCAUCUCAACAACCAUCGCUAUUACGAGAGUUGAGUAUAGUAGAGCGGAGAUCUCUCUUCCUUCUAUACAUCAUAUUCAUAUUCUUAAAGAGGUAAAGAGUCGUUAUUUGGUACUUUUUAUAGUUAAUGCCUUUACGAAAGAGAUGCAUAUACAACGGAUUUUAUCUAUUCCAAUAGUAGAGGAAUCUCUCUUUUUUACUUAUUUACAUUUAUUUAGAUAUUUACAAUCUGAAACUACAUAUUGUGUGGUUCAUCUUGCCUUGGGUCUUUCUUCUAGUGUAAAGUGGAUCUCUGCAAAGGAUCUUUUGAUAUGUGAUGGGGUAACCUUUACAACUCCUCGUUCUCCUGUAGAUACGAUUCGUAUUACUUCCAUUACUCAUACAAGUGUUAAAGUUGAAUGGAAUGGUUUAUUAGAAGAUAUACGAUUAAUGUGGUAUCCAUUAUCUUGGGUUAAUAAUAAUAAUAAUAAAGAAGAAGAAAAAGAAGACUCUUCUAAACAAUUACUUUCAGAGAAGGAAAAUACAAUGAUGAUAGAUCAUUCCUUAACUAGUUGUAUGAUAAAUGAUUUAAACCCCUGUACGGUGUAUUGCUUAGAGAUUGGAACCUUCAAUCAACGUCAUCGUCAUAAAAUGAUAAGUGAAGAUAGUGAGAAGAAUUCUUUUACUGUAAUGGAAUUAUAUUUUGUUACUUGUAUCUCACCAGAAGAUAAUUCAUUACAUGUGGAUGCGGUGAUUCCAUCUAUAAAUGAUUUGGAUAUCGUAUUAUCUUAUCCAAUAUUCACAGGUAUUGUCGAGACUCGAUAUUUAAACUUUAUACAAGUACUCAUUAUUCCUAUUAUCUCUAUUAAUACUCCAAUGUGUACUCUGGGGAAAGGGUAUGAACGAGUGGAUGAACAGACGGGAAUAAAAUCUAUAGUAACACACGUGAGUGCGGAUGGUUCUGCAGAAAUUCCUGUAAAUAUUUCAUUUGAAAUGAUAAUAAAACCAUUAAAAACAGGAAUAACUAUAAUGGAUAACACCUCAUGGUUGAUGAUAUCCUCUUUAGAUGCUAUCUAUACAAGGAAGAUUGGUCCAUUUGAAGUUAUUACCCGCAUGCAUUGUACCUCUGUGAAACCUACAAGUGCUAAACUUACAUGGGAAGGGAAAUCAUUUUCUUUUACGGUGUUUCUAUAUAUACACAACUAUAGAAGUAAUCAUACUAACAAUGGAGAAAAUGAUAAUGAUGAAUCUUCUCAAGUUGUGUGUAUUCGAAAAGUAAUCUUGUCUGGUAAUAAUAAUAAUAAUAAUAAUAAUAAUAAUGGUUCACUGGAAUUGGAAUUGAAUCAUUUAAUUCCCUGUUCAAACUAUACGGCUACGGUACGAACUGAAAAUGGAUUGGAUGAAUUAAGUAUAAACUUCUAUACACCUCCUCCUCCGCCUUUACCAGAUGCCGUUAUUCUCUAUUCAAACAUGAUGUCACUUCUCUUAAGUGUGGAACUUCCGGAAAACACAAGAGAAACUCAAUUUCUCUCUAUUGCAAUAUCUUCUUUACAUGUAGAGAUGAAUAAUUACCAUAGUGGAGCUGUCAAGAGGAAAAUUAUACCUAGUUAUGCUGAAGUGCAGGAAGGCCAUCCUAUCAUUGUAAGUUUAUAUCAACAUUGUUUGAUCUCUCCUACACAGUGGGUGUGUAGUGCCGCGACUAUACUUUAUGCAAUAACAGAUCUUCGUUGUUGUUUACAUAAAGAUAUGGAUAAUACUCAACAACAACAAGAAGAAGAAAAGAGUAUUUUAUUACUGUGGACCUGUGCAGCUGUACGGGAUGGGGCUUUCUUGGAAGUUAUUGUGAAUGGAGUUUCACACCUACCAGAGUUGGUGGAUAUAAAGUCAAAUGGAGAGAAGAGUAGUCAAAAUACACUUUCUAUGAGAAUAGAUUCAAAUAGACUAACACGUGUGGAGUUUUGUGGUCCUUUUAUUAUUCGUGAAAUAUCACCCAUAUUUAUAUUGCCAGCCCCACCACCGCUUACGGUGUUAGAUUGUAAAGUGCAGGCUCUGGUAACUCGCACUGGGGAUGAUGUGAAGAUUCAUAUUAUGGAAUCUUUUGUUAAUGCGCUUCGAUUACUUUACAUGGAUGUGAAGGAAGUUGUGAUAUUCCUACUAUGUAUUAGUAAUGAUGAUAUUAGUGAUAAUAAUAAUAAUAAUAAUAAUAAUAAUAAUAAUAAUAAUAAUAAUAGUGAUUGUAGUCAUAAGAGGAGUAAUAGUAGUAGUAGUAGUAGUAAUAAUAGUGGUACUGCUGUUGUUAAGAAGAUGUAUGAGAUUGAAAUCCCAUUAUAUACAGAAGAAAAGGAUCUGAUAGUUUCACUGCAGACUGGAGUAGAUACUGUGAUGCCAAGAGUGAAAACUAUACAAAAUGGUAAUAAUGGUGAAGAGGAAGAAGAAGAGGAAGUUAUGAUGAUGACAUUGUAUAUCAAAGUACAAGAGAAAGAUUAUGGUGAUAUUACUAUUAAUGAUGAUAAUAAUAUUAAUAUUAAUAGUAAUACUCUGGUUCCUCAUGGAAUGGAUGAAGAGAUAUUUCAAUCCAUACCUGCAGUUCUUAUUCCAUGGAGUAUUUCUGAACCUUUAGAAGUUUGUGUAAAUCGAAGAAAGAGAGAUUCCUGCAUUGUAGAUUUAAAAGUAACGGCACUUCUUCCUACUUCCAUUACUCUUUCAUGGUCUAAUAAUGUUCAUAUGGAAUUUAAUGAAGAUCAUCACAAUUCUGGUAUGUUUGUGCAGAUUCAAUCAGCAGCAAAGGAAUUGAGUGUGGGUACAUUUAAAGACUGUGUGAUGUGCCCUACUCCUUCUAUUACGAUUGAUGGUCUCUUACCAGCAACACCGUAUAUUAUCACAAUAAGUGAAAGUGUGGAAGUGCAGGGGAAACGUAUUUAUGUUGUCACUCCAUAUGAUAUUAGUGAUGAGAUGCUUAUAGAGAUGAUUGCCUCCAUGAACAUUAGUUGUGAUCUUGAGAAGGAUGUUUAUAUUAAUAAUAAUAAUAAUAAUAAUAAUAAUAAUAAUAAUAACAGUAUAAGAAAAUACAGGAGUGAAGGGGAGAAGGGUUUGCUCUUUAUAGAGCCUAAAGUUCCCCAUUUAUCCACUCAAUCUAAUGUAUCUUUACAAUUUUCUCUUCCCGCUGAGAAAAACACUCUCUGGACGUUAUCUUCACAUCAUACCUGGUUUGCAGGAGAUGCAUCUCAUUCACAUUUUCCAUGUUUGUGUGUUUGUGGAUCUCUGCGUGUUGGACUGGUGGCCUGGUCAGAUGCGUUAUUGUGUUUGUGGAGUAAUGCGGGAAUAACGGAGAAGAGUACGGCGGUGUGUACAUUCCCGUUGGAAUCAGAGAAGAUGGGAACACUUUGGCCGCAUCUCCUUCUCAGAAUUACAUCUAAUGUACAGCAUAAACAAGAUCAAAGACUAUCACUAACAUCCUCCUUAUCCUCAAUCCCCAAUCAACAACAACAACAAGAAGAAGAAGAAGUGAAUACACCUAAAGAAGAAGAAAAUAAUAAUAAUAAUAAUAAUAAUAAUAAUAAUAAUAAUAAUAAUAAUAAUAAUCUUUAUAGAGGGUUGCGAAUGUCUAUUAAUAUUCCACAGAAUCGUGAUAUUAUUGUGGAUCUUAUUGGAUGUCCACGUCUUGUAUAUAUGGAUGAGACCCGUUGUGUACUGCAGUGGAAUGGAUCUUGUGUAUAUUAUCAUCUUCGCUGGCGUAUUGGGGUAACAGGUGUUAUUCACACAACUACAAUUACACAGAAACCACAUCAACAUCCAAAUAUAUCUCUUGAUAUUUCUACAUUAGCAAAUACGGUGAUAUUCUUCUCUGUAUAUAGUGCACGAGGUUUCUCUAAUGGUCUCUGCUUUGCUGUACUUAUCCCACCAAAGAUUAAUCAAAUCCCUUCACACAUUCUUAACAGAGAAGAUGAGAUAUAUAUAGAAAAAUAUACCUUAUCUCUCUCUGAAGAGAAUGAAGUACCAUCGCCGUUGUUAGAAUUGGAAUGGCAUAUACCAACACAGAAAUCAAUAUCAGCCAUCGCAACAACAAGAAGAACAACAAACAAAGAAGAAGAGGAAGAAGAAGAUAAGAAAGAGAUUAUGUGUAUAGCUAGAGUCUGUGAUCUAUCCAGUGUUGUUUGGCUACAGACAUUUACAGAUAUAUUAGAUGGUGUUGUAAACCACAAAUUGCCACUUCCUACUACUAUGACGUGGCUUAACCCUGUUGUGAAUGUUACAUUUUCUAUUUUCUCUUCCAUGUAA